GCACUACCCCCACUCUCACAGAUCUCGGCGGCACCAAUUUCUUGAUCCGCCAUAUCUGAUUAGCUACUGCGCAAAAUCACGACGAUGAUGAACAUUGUAAGGUCCCGAUUAGCGAAUGCGGCCCGAGGAUCCUUCUCAACGGCCACCUCUCGCUCGGUGGCAUCGAGGAACCUUAUUGGUGCGUAUAGUCGGGAGGCUGAUCUUCUCUCUGUGACCUCUCCGAUGAAGUCUAUGACGCCUACUACCAGGUACUGGAGCAGUAUGAUCCUGAAGGAGAUCUCCAGAAGUUCUGAAAAAAUUAAGGCGAACCAAGUCAGGGAUUUCUCAAACUUUGCGAAGUUAGAAGAGAGGGAGGUGUCUCGCGCGGUGUCAUCGCGUUCUAAAAGUAUAAAUAGCCCUAUAUUAUGGCACAUAAAUGAUGGGAUCGAAGAGAUUAUCAAAGAUUAUGUGCAUCACGAAGUGACCCGAACUUGGAUCUUGGUCUGUUUGAGAUUGUUCUAUAUAAUCGUGCUCAAAGAUGUUUUCUUGUUUCUCUUCUUUUCUGAACCCAUCGAAGAACCUAAUGGAUCGAACUUGCGAAGAAUUGGAGGGAUUUGAUAAUCAAAGCAUGAAGGAAAUGAAACGACGUGCUAAUGAUGAUGAGUACAUUGUUGCUAAAUAAGACUUAAGCAGGUUCUUAUCUACUGGUCUCGGACAGUUGCAGCUGCUAGUAUUAGUAGUUGGUGACUUGGAGAUGGACAUAUGUAAUAAUGGAUUUAUGAACUAGGGGAUGUUCCCUAGUUAGGUAUUGGUUAUAAUGCUGGAGUUUAAUAUGACUUGCAUAAUUUAUGGAUUUUAUAAACUGGGGGAUGAUCUCAAUUUGUUACUGUUUGUGUUGCUGGAGUCUAAUAUUCAUAUCUAUUUGAGUAUUAAAUUUGAAAUGGUAUGGAGUCAUAUGCUUUUUA